CGACGUUGCUGAAGCCGCGUCCCUCUCGCCCAACUCGCAAUUGUCACCUGCACGCGUGCCUUUCGUGGAUGGCGCGCUUGAACGAACCUGCCACCGCGACGGCGACCAGUCUGGUCAACGGCGUUGGAGUGGGAGCUGCAGGAGCGGAGAGUGUCGAAGUCUUGAAACGAAGAUUCAUACGGCAGAAUCGCGAACUUGCCAAAAACAACUCAACACAGUCAUUACGCAUACGAAGUCUCGAGCUAGAAGUCGGCAAGCUCUUGGGCGAUAAUUUGGAUCUGAGAGAACAGGUGUUUAGUCUGCAGAAUGAGCUAUACAAUGUGCGCAUGCGGGCCAACCACGCGGCAGCGAGACGAGUCAAGGAUGAUCUGAAGGCGAAGCUGGCUGAGUUGAGUGGUCUGAUAGACGGCAUCGAUGAGGAAGAGGCGGUCGAGGAGCGAGAGGUGCCGGAGAAGGCUCGCAUACUGAGCCCGAGCAGACAGCAAUACCGGGAACGGCAGCCACUGGCGGAGCUCAUGCAGGAGACCCAGAUGCCAACAAUCGCGGAGGAUAAGAUGUUCCCGAGAAGAUCGCUAGACGAGCAGGACUUUAGGCAGAUCAGACUCAGUGAUGGCAGUGCUGCUAUAGGCAGUCCCGAUCUUGGUCCUCCGCCAGUGGCGCACUUCGAUGAUCUACCAAAGCUGAGUCAAGAAGAUACAUUGGAGCACGGCGGAGAUGAAAGAGAUGAGGAGGAAGAACUGCUACCAACCAUCAACCUGGAGACACGACGCAAGAGGAAAGAUCCGUCGCAGCCUCGAGAAUCACGAAGAUCUUCUAUCGUGGCUCACAGCCCCAUCAAGCCAGAAGAUGCGCCACAUUCGAUGCUCAAGACAGGUGCGAAAAGGAAAUUGGCUGAUCGCGACACUGAGAAGCUCAUCAAACCUCCGGCUCAAGAAGACUUCACUUUUAGUAGGAGAGCUUCUGCUACGCAAUCCCCGCCUCUACUAGAGAUGCAAAAUGAAUCGGUUCAGUUUCCGGCACCCGCAGAAGAGCUUGAGCGGCCAGUCUCACCAGUGAAGCCACCCAGAAGAAUCCUGGGCGAUAAGAGCACCAACAUGUCGCCGGUGAAAGUGACAAGCCGCACAGCAGACUCGAUCAAGGACGACCUCAGGAAGCCUGCACCACCAAAGUUCAAUGCUACCAAGGAACGGCCGUCUUCUCGUGGGAGUCGAAGGAUAUCGUCCAUCUCUUCGAUUCCAGCUCCACCUGCACGGGAAGAGGUUGUCAGCACUGUCGAUGUUCCGCUAUCCCGACCUUCGUCUACAGACUUGGUGCCAGAGACACCCGCAGCCCUGGACGUAUUCUCCCCCGUUACAUCCGAGCCAUCGGCCCAGCAGCUCGGUGCCCGAGAUACGCCUCCGCCGUCAGACCUGUCGUCCAUCAGCAAUACGACCGAAGGCGGACAACGACCCUCGCGCCGAGCACGAUCAGCAGUAAAUUACGCGGAGCCCAGUCUGGUGGCGAAGAUGCGUCGACCGGACAAGAAAAUGGCAGAUGCCAUAUCUGGACUUCAAGACCACAGGCGGGUUAUGAGCUCAUCAACGACUUCUAAGCGCACGGGAUCGGGGAUUGUCAAAGUCAAAGAAGAGCCCACAGACGAGUCUUCCUGGGCCGGUCUCCCACAUACGAGCAGCAUCAGCGGAGAAAGCAUGGGCUCGCCGCUUCGCCAUUUGACGACUGACGAUGGCUCGCGCCUUUCCCCACGCGCUUCACCUCGCGUCUCUCCUUCCCGGUCUUCCAGCUUGCUGUCGUUGUCAGACGGAGACAACAUCGAUGUGGGAGCGAGGCCAAUAUCAUCCAGUGGAUCGAUCUCUACCCUCCUCGCGAAUUCUAGGAAAAGACGCGAGGCGUUGGAUAAACGAAUCAGUCCGCCACCGAGCACAGCUUCGACGGAAGUGGAUGCUGCGGCGAAGAGAUUGGAAGAGCUUGAGUUGUAUGACUUGCGAGACUCCAGUUCGCCCGCUGGCCCAGAUGCUGCUUCGGGUGCAGCAGUGACGACGACUACAAAUACUGCGAGCCACCGACGGCAUAGUAGUGUGCCCAAGGGCGCAGUUGCAACACAGGGGAUUGCAACUGCGAAGCAUGUCAGUAGUGCGGAUACUGGUGCCACAAGUCAUGGGACCAGGAUGAGUAGUCGUCGGAGAAGCAUGAUGUUGUGAUCAGAGCGUCAGGGCCGUAAGGUAUCGUCGAGCUUGUCUACAUGGGUACAUGUAGUGGUCUCUUUUGGUGAUGAGAGCAAUCGUUGUUGGUUCUUCAUACAGCGUUUGGAGAGGUAGUGAUCAAUUAGCACGAUACCC